AUGGCAACCUCGCCACCAGGCAGCAGGCGCAGUGCUGCCCCUCACCCGCGAGGCAGGCUCGCGUCACCACCCAUCGCCGCAGCCGCGUCCCCUCCAUUACACGCAACCCUGCCAGUGAAUGGACAACACAGCACCGUGUCACGUUCCACAAGCGUCUCCCCACUACCCGUGCCGCCCGCCAACCUCGCCCUCCCUGCCGCCAUGCAGCCUGCUGCGCUGCCCCCACUCGUCAUCAACCCCUCCUUGCUCUCGCGCCAGACGAGUCCACGGAGCGGUCGUUCCGCCUCGGCUGUGCAAAGUCGCACGCACACUGAUGACGACGAGCCUCGGACCAGCGGAGAGGAUGUGACUGAGGAAGCUCAUCCUCUGCAAGCGGAGAUUGAGCGUCUAACGGCGCUGUGCGAAGACCAUUCACGCAAGUUCCGGUCGUCAAAGGCCACAUUCGAGCAUCGUGUCUUCUCCGAGUAUCCGUCAAUCCUCACCCGACUGGGCGAGCUGGACGUGAGGGCGGAGAAAGCGACAGCAGACCUCUACGCAGCGCUGCAUGAAGCCGUUCCCGCCCUCCGUGGACGUCUAGCUGCGCUCGAGGACGAACGCACCGCCGACGUCGAGACAAUGCGGCAACGUACCACCCCUUGGCGCGAUUUCCUCCCCGAGGAGGACGACAAGGAGAAUGGACUGGCACUCUCGCGCUCCCGCUCUGGCGGUGGUCGGAGGGGCAAAGUGUCCAAGAUUGAGCGUAUGCGCGGAGCGGAUAGCGAGAGCGAUGCCCUGUCCUUGAUUGAGCGCUGGGGAGAGGAAGUGACCAUCUCCCUCACCGACCAGAUUGCGCGCCUGAAAUCGCAGCUCUUCGAAGAGGGCCGGAAGCGCAACAUUGUCAUUCGCCUGGUCCUCGUCCUCGCAGCUAUGGGCGGCGUGGUCCUCCUGUUCUUUGCGUUGCGCAAGGGCCACGCGUCUAUUACAUCGUCGUCGAGACCGGCGUAG